AUGUCUGAAUACAGUCUUCUCUCUUUCGGUAGCAGCCAACCUGACGCGCCCGACACUUCUGAUGUAACGACUCCUGUUGCUCCCACCGAAACCGCAGCUGCUUCCGAACAAGUUACCGCAGUCGCAUCGACCAGCAAUGGCACCGCCGAUACCACUGCUGCGGUCGAGGCAGAAGUACCGGAGGAACGCAGCUUCGGUCGCUCACUCAUUCAUUCACUGUCACCAUUCCACUACCCCCAAACCACCGUGUGCGUAAAGGCGGAUGGCAUGCGCUUCGACAUCUACAAGAACGUCAUCGAACAAGACUCCAAAUACUUCAAGGAGGUCUUCCGUGGCAGUGAGACUGUCCAUGCGCUAGAGGACACAGAUCCUAGAGCAUUGGUAGAGUACAUCCACCUGCUGCACCGCAAGUAUUACAACAAAGACUUGGAGAGCUACGGCCUGAGCUCCCUCGUACUCGUACCCGGCGGCGCCCGACUCAGCGCGGUACAUACUCUUGCAACACUCUACAAGCUAUGCUGCAAGGUCCAGAACACCAGCCUGGCGGAAGAGUGCUACGACGCACUCGAGGCCCUCGAGCGCGAAGUCACCCUGGACUGGACGACCGACCAGGCCAUCCGCGACACGAUGGAACUGGUGCAGCUGAUCUCCUCGCACUGGGUACAGCUCGACUGGCCGGAGGGCCAGAGCCGCAUCGUCGCCAAGUUCUGCAAGACUUGCCCCACCGGUGUGCUUGAGACGCUCAUCGAUACCAUGGAUUCCCAGUUUCGUCGCGCUGUGAUCCUCGAGUUUUCCAAACUUCGCGUGCAACUCGAGGCCGAGCCCACCGGCACCUCAGAGGAAGCACCGGUUCGCGAUUUUGAUACACUGGCGGAUACUCCUGAUUCUCGACUGUCCGGCUGUUCCCAGGAGAAAGCGCCAGUUUGCGAUCUCGAUACGCCGGCAGCUCAGGCGGGUGAACCGAACAAACCGUCCUCCUCGGGAGGCAGCCUAGAUCUCGGUCCCGUUGUUAUUCCUCUAAUUGUUGAUGGUCGUGGUAGCUUGGGUGGUCGAGGUGGUCGAGGUGGUCGCAAACUACGGUUCGAAGAGGAGUUGAUUCUCGACCAGGAACUAUCUCUUACUGAAGACUCGAUCAGCGACCAGACCAUGACUCGGGACCAGGAGACGGUUCAGGAAGACUCUUCCUCGGAUCAGGAGUUGGUUCACGACAACAGUUCCCUGGAUCAGGAGUCGGCUCACGAAGAUGAUGGUUGGCCACCACUACCAGUUCCGGUGGUCAAGCUGACUAUAUACUACCGUGAGGCAUUCUAUGGACAUUGA